AUGGUGUUUCUACGCAGUAGCGGCAAUGCCGGAGCAGAGCCUGGUACGACCCCGAAAAGAGGGGUUUCAGAGAUGGACACAAGCUCCGAGUUUCUGUCGCUUCUUCCCGCGUCCCAGAGAAAGACCGCCAGGGUCACUCGGUCCUCCCGAGGCCUGGAUGACAGCUUCAGCAGCCCGGAGAACAGCUCAGCUUCCCGCGGACAUGGCAAAAAUGAAGAGAAAAACCGACGCUCUUCUUCUUUGAGGACCAGGGCACAGAGAGUUAAAUUAGAAGCAUCAUUUUCAAACAUGGAUGCAAAGGCAAACUCCUCAGCAAAUGAUGACAAAGCUGCCAUGGAUUGCACAAGGAAAUCUCCUAGACUACAGAAAGAUGGAAAACAAUCAAUGGAUCUAGAUGAUGAAGUGGAAGAGUCGUCAACUCCGAAAAGAAGCCAGUUUAACUUGAGACUCAGAGAAACAGAAGAUGAGGAUGAAGAUCACACUGUGAGACGAAGCUCUCGAAUCACCAGGUACAGACUGGAUUCACGCAAACAGUCUGUACUUUAUGAUCGCCUCAUUACCAACACUGCAGAAGCUGUUCUACAAAAGAUGGACGACAUGCAGAAGAUGCGGCGCAGGCUGAGGAGUAAAGACACUCAAGAACAGGACCUGGGUAUUUACACGAGAGGUAGACUGCGCUCUCUAAGUUCCAAUGUAGAGAGGCAAGAUCCACAACGAGAAGAAAAUCAAGGAGCAGAAGAAGAGGAGGAGAAUGAUCAAGAUGAAGAUGGAGAGGAAGUCGAUGAAGAAGAUGAGGAAGAUGAUGAUGAUGAUGAUGAUGAAGAGGAGGAGGAAGAUGAAGACGGUGAAGAGGGAGAAAAUCAAAAGCGCUACGACUUCAGACAACGAAAGACGGUGGUUCGCUACCAAGCUCCACAAGAAGAGCCCAGAGAACCGAGGAAGCGCAGCAUUUACGACCACAGAUCUCCAACAAGACGCAGGUUUAGAUUCAGCUCCACUGCCCCAAGAAGUCCCUACAGCAGGAGGAGAAGCAGCAGAAGGCGUCAUGCCAUCCACAGCAGUGACUCCACUUCCUCCUCCUCUUCUUCAGAUGAAGAAAAGUUUCAGAGACGAAGAAGUAAAAACACAUCAAAGUCUGUCAAUAGAUGUCUGCCAAUGAAUUUAGUCAAAGAAGACCUGCUUGGAAUUCACAAAGACAGAAUGAAGAUUGGAGCCAGCCUUGCUGAUGUAGACCCAAUGCAGAUUGACAGAACAGUGCGCUUUGAUGGCAUUGGAGGAUUAGAAAAACACAUUUCAGCCUUGAAGGAGAUGGUGGUCUUCCCACUUCUUUACCCAGAAGUCUUUGAGAAAUUUAAGAUACAGCCACCAAGAGGAUGCCUGUUUUAUGGACCACCGGGUACCGGCAAAACCCUUGUUGCAAGAGCACUGGCAAAUGAGUGCAGUCAGGGGGAAAGAAAAGUGUCCUUUUUCAUGAGGAAAGGGGCUGACUGCCUCAGCAAGUGGGUGGGAGAAUCCGAGAGACAGCUGCGGCUGCUGUUUGAUCAGGCUUACCAGAUGCGACCUUCUAUUAUCUUCUUUGAUGAAAUUGAUGGUUUGGCUCCUGUUAGGUCAAGUCGUCAAGAUCAAAUUCACAGUUCAAUUGUCUCCACUCUACUCGCCCUGAUGGAUGGAUUAGACAGCAGAGGAGAAGUGGUUGUGAUCGGGGCCACAAACAGACUUGACUCCAUUGAUCCAGCUCUUCGACGACCUGGACGCUUUGACAGAGAGUUUCUCUUUGGAUUACCAGACCGAGAGGCAAGAAAAGACAUCCUCAAAAUACACACAAGGCAAUGGCGUCCUCCUCCUUUAGACAUUUUCCUUGAAGAAUUGGCAGACAAAUGCGUUGGAUACUGUGGAGCAGAUAUCAAAGCUGUGUGUUCUGAAGCAGCUUUAUGUGCAUUACGGCGUCGUUACCCACAAAUUUACUCCUCAUCUCAAAAACUUGUGCUUGAUGUAAAUUCAAUUAGCAUUACAAGUAAAGACUUCAUGACCGCCAUGUCCAAGAUGGUGCCAGCUGCGCAGAGAGCUGUAGCUUCACCAGCAAAAGCCCUUAUCCCCGCUAUCCGCCCCUUGUUGAGUACUGCUCUACAAACCAUCAUUCAGACUGUCAGCAAAUUGUUCCCACACGCCGAGCUGGGCCUAAAGAGGAGGAAAGAUCGAGAUAUUUCAUUGGGAUUAUCAGAGGAUGAAUUGAUGUUCAGUGACGACGAGUCUGCAGUCUGCUCUUCACAAUCUACAUCUAAGGAAAUGUUCAACCUCAAUAGGAGUGUGCUGAGCCAGCCCACAUCAUAUCGUCCAAGGCUGCUGCUUCAGGGCCGUCCAGGCUCUGGUCAGAGCUCCUAUUUGGCCCCUGCUGUACUCCAUACUCUGGAAAAGUUCUCGGUUUAUACUCUGGACAUGGCUGUUCUGUUUGGAGGAAGUGCAGCUGCCCCAGAGGAAACUUGCGCUCAGAUCUUUGUGGAGGCUAAGCGCACAUCUCCCAGUAUUUUGUAUAUCCCACACAUUGGACAGUGCUUACAAUAUGAUCAGCUGAACACAGAGGUUCAGGAAUUAUUUAGAGUUGAAUAUGGUGAGGUGUUCCACAUCCAAGUCCCUACAAGUAGAGAAAGAAGACACUUUUUUGAGGACCUCAUUCUAAAUCAGGCAGCCAAGGCCCCUGCCUCAAGAAAGAAAGCAGUGCUCCAUGCACUGGAGGUGCUCCCUGUCGCCCCGCCACCUGCUCCUCGUCAGUUGACUCCAGAAGAAGUGAAAAAACUGCAGGAGCAGGAGGAGGGAACACUCCGGGAACUUCGCCUCUUCCUGCGGGAUGUGACCAACCGCCUGUCCCUGGAUAAAAGGUUCAAAGCUUUCACAAAGCCUGUGGAUCUGGAAGAGGUUCCAGAUUAUGUUGAAGUGAUUAAAAAACCCAUGGACCUCUCAUCUGUGCUCACAAAGAUUGACUUGCAUCAGUAUGGGACAAUCAAAGAGUUUCUUCAUGAUGUAGACCUCAUUUGGCAAAAUGCACUGGAAUACAACCCAGACAGGGACCCCUCUGAUCGGCAGAUAAGGCACAGGGCGUGUGCAUUAAAGGACACAGUUCAUGCAAUUAUUAAAGAUGAACUGGAUGAAGACUUUGAGAAGAUAUGUGAAGAAAUAAAAGAGUCACGCAGAGCAAGAGGUUGUGCCACUUCAGCGUUUACUCCCUCCUUCUACCAUGUCCUUCCAAAACAGCCAAAAAUCAUGACUGCUGAGGCAAAGGUUAAUGACGUAACCCCACAAAGAGGAGACGGCACUAAGUCUGCAGUCACUCCUGUAAUGUCUACACCUGCAACAACCCCUAAAAGCUCAGGUCAUAAGAGGAGACGAAGGAGAAGUCGCUGGGCUUCUGGAAUCAUUGUAAAGAAAAAGCUUUCUACUUCUCCACAUGUGGCUAAAGACGACACACAGUCUGAUGAUGAAGAGGAGUAUGGAGAAGACGAAGAACAGGGUGACAAGGUGCAGGAAAAGGGAACUAAUGACCAAACUGAGAAUGUGGAAGUCAGUGCAGACUGUACAGAUAAACAGCAACAGCUUAGAGAGCAGGGAGAGGGCAGUCAGGCGGGUGCAGAACCCAAAGAUGACUGUUUGGAGAUGGUAGAAGUGGCUCAAAACAAAGAUGGAAGUAGUGACAAGACUGAAAUGGUGAGCAAAGUGCAAAAUGAUAGUGACGAAAUGAAAGAGACACAUGUCCAAGAACGGUCUGAGGCAUUACAAUGCUUAGCAGAGAUGGAAAUUCAGAAAACCCAGAGUUCUCAACAGCAAAAUGUAAACGAGCCAAACAGCCACAGCGAAGCAAUGGACGUGGAUGAAGAUUCGAAAGAGGAUGAUGGAGAACAAACUGUGAGACACAUGACACGAGCUAUAAAAACCACAGUGCAAAGGCAAGAGAUGAUGCCCGUAGAUCAGGCUCUGCAAAUCCUGGAGGAGGAGACUCCCCUUCUUGAGGUGGACAGGUCCAAGUUAAAAGAGCUGCUGGAGAUGCUGGUGGUUAAGUCUGAGGGCUACGAGCUCCACCAGCUUGAAAAACUGUAUGCUGUGCUCUGUCAGGCCAUCUACAGACACCGGCGAGAGUACAAUAAAACGGCACUAAUACAGGAGUUGGAAAAUGAAAUUAAAGACUUCUGCUGA